AUGGAUAAAACAAGUGAUACAUUUAGUUUACCAGACGGCCCUAAAGGCUUAUGCUUCAACAAAAACGACUUCAUGAAGAAAACUUUUUCAGUGGACGAAUUUUUACAAGAAAACCGUAAUGCUGCAAAUUUGGAAACAAUGCGUGACGAUUUAGGCAUAUAUUUAAAAGUAUUAAGAUCCUCGAUGAUAGAAUUAAUAAAUAAAGACUAUGCUGAUUUUGUUAAUUUGUCAGCAAACUUAGUGGGUUUGGAUGGUUCGAUAAAAAACAUUCAAACACCUUUAGGACAAUUCAAAGAAGAGAUUUUGUUGAUUAAAUUGACACUCACGGAUGUUAUGAGUGAGAUUCAGGAGUGUUUGAAACAACAAGCGUUUUUGCGUGAGCAAAAACGCUCAUUAAAAAAUCUUAUACGUAUACGACAAAGUGUGAUUAAAUUAGAUUCUUUACUACCGCAUUGUGAGUUGAAGUCUGAGGUGCUCGAGAGGGUUGUACUAGAAUACAAUCAGCUACAAUUUUGUAUGGACAAUUGUCAGCAUGUCGAUAAUGUGCAUAAGGAUGCCUUAAACCGGAUACACACACGUGUGUGUGAUGAAAUCGAUGGGUUUUUUCGUUUUUGUUUAAAAACUAAGGAUAAACAAAUGCUUGCACGUUGCUUACAACUGUACACAACUUUAGAUAAAGUUUCUGAGGCUCAAAUGUUAUUCCGUAAGGAAUUUGUAGCACCUGCAAUGCACACUGUGAUAAACGAGUCAAAUGUGCAAACGCGGGGGUUGAAAUUUGUGUACGGGGAAGUCCUGGAGUUUAUUAAAACCAAUAUGUUUUUAUUACCAGAAGAUUUUUUGUUGUGCAGUUUUUGGCCGGAGGUUGAAACGCGUUUGGAGACUCACACUGCGUCUAUUUUUGCACCGGGGAACCCUGAGGUGUUUUAUGAUAAAUAUACGUUGACUACAACGUUUUUGGAUACUUUACAAACUUAUUUUACAACCCCUAAAUUAGUUUCACAAUUUAAACAACAUGACCAGUACAAAAGUUUUCAACAGCGUUGGAAUUUGCCUGUGUACUUCCAAAUACGUUUUCAGGAGAUCGGGGGGGCUUUUGAAAGUGCUUGCACAAAAACUUUAGAAGAAAUAAAACACACACAAGACUUCAAGUUGCAACAAACUUUGGUGCUAUAUGAUUGCAUCCAAAAAUGUUGGUCUAAAGGCAUUUUUUUGCAUCAACUUGCACACAAAUUCUGGAAACUAACCUUACAAUUACUAUCACGCUAUUGCACAUGGGUCAAAGACACUUUAGGGCUCCUGACAAAAUCUACAGACGACCAAAAAACACACAAGUACAUCCUGGUACACACAGACAUCCACUUAUUACUCACUCGAUUACCCAAAAUCCUCGACAUGUCCAAACCUAGCUUUCCUGACCACACGAGUCUUUUAUCUAAAUCUCUAGAAGACUCCAAGACUUCUCUUCUACAAUGUGUGCCCCCAAUUAAAGAUGAAGUUAUAAAAGAGAUUUCGAAUCAAAGUGUUAUGUAUAUAAGGCAAGUCAAUGAUAUUCCACGUCUGUACAGAAAGACUAAUCGUGAGACCCCGAAUAAGCCUUGUGGGUACAUUAGUCUGAUUUUGGAGACUCCUUUGAAGUUUAAGGAGCAGUAUGGUAAAGAUUUGGAGCACGAGAUUAAAGAGUGGAUGGGGGUUAUAUUUUCAACUAUUACUGAAAGAUUAUAUUCCGCCAUGAGCGACCUGCUAUCCUCAGUUCAAAAAACAGAAGAGUCUCUUCGUCGUUUGAAACAAAUUCGGGAUAAAACAACGAGUACUAUAAAUAGUACAGCAGAUACAAAAGUAGGAAUUACAGAUGACGACAAAAUCCGUUUACAACUAUUAGUCGAUGUAACAAACUAUUCUGAAAGUAUUAAAAAAGUGGUGUCGAAAUCUACAGUGUUAAAAUGCUAA